AUGCCUCCUAAAACUAAAUUUGUUUUCCUACAAAAUUAAAUGGUGUGAAUGUGGUUUUCCUCGAAUUUUCACAGCUGAUCAAGGGAACGCUUCGUUCCAAUUAACUCGCAUUUUUUAAAGGCUAAAUGAAUGGUGGCCUUGCGCCAGCUCGCAGCCCUUGGGUACACCCCGUGUACGUUCGACUACGGGAACCCAACGGGUGACUUGCCCACACGGGGGGCAUGGAUCGAGGUAUUCCGCAAGAGCAUACCCACGUUCAAGGCCCAUGCACUGACUGAUCCUCACGUUCCACCGGAGCAAAGAGAGGCGGCUGCGAGGCAAUUCGAGGCUACCUUCAACUCCGCACUGGACGCACUCCUGGCUGACCCCAGCACCCCGGCUCCCGGCCACCCCACCGCCCACCCGGUCAACUGCUACACCCUGUGCCAGCUGCGGGAGGAAUGUCUGCACGCCGCUGGCUUCCAAGACAUCUUUGCGGAGGUGAAGGCGGCGGAGAACGAGCGAGCCCUGGCGUUGUUGCCGGGAGUGCUCCGGGAGCUGGACGAGAUGGAAGGGGGAUUUCCGGCUGAGCUGGAGCUGGCGCUGCGCGGCGUCUUCGCAGGCAACAUUUUCGAUCUGGGCGCUGCGGCGUCUGCGGAGCUGCACGCAGCCGGGGGCGGUACAUUUGCAGCCACGCGCGCGCAGCUGCUGUCCCGGCCUUGGGCGGUCGAUAACCUGGACGAGGGCGAGGGGGCGGGCCCCCGGUGGCGGCAGGCAGCUGUGUUCGUGGACAACGCGGGUACGGAUGUAGUCCUCGGGAUCCUGCCGUUCGCACGUGUGCUGAUCAAGGCCGGCACCAGGGUAAUCCUGAUGGCGAAUCGCGGCCCCACCAUAAACGACAUCACCGCCAGGGAGCUGGAGCCCCUGCUGCUGAAGACCGCAGCACUGGACGCAGUGCUGCAGGGAGCCAUCUCCUCGGGGCAACUGCGCGUAGUGUGCUCGGGAAGCGACCUGCCAGUCAUUGAUUUGACCAAGUUGUCGCCGGAGGCCGUGGAUGCGGCUGCUGAGUGCGACCUGAUCGUGCUGGAGGGCAUGGGCCGGGCCAUUGAAACCAAUCUACACGCCCAGUUCACUUGUGACUCGCUCAAGUUAGGAAUGAUUAAGCACCCCGAGGUAGCGGCACACUUCGGUAAACGGUUGUACGACUGUGUCUGCAAGUACGACAAGGGUGUACAGCAGGCUUAACGACACCGGACCGGAGUGAACGGAACCGCACAUCGGUUGACCGCCGGUGGCGGGGACAGCGGUUGGGGGGUUAUGGGGGUUGAUGGAGGAGGCACUGCGGACCGUGAUGUGCGAGGCUUGAAAGGGAGAUAUACAAGGGUACUGACGUAUUGAGACUGGCAUGUACUGCAUGGAGGCUGGACUGGGAGGGAGAGCUACUAGGGAGGCGAGAAGGGUAACGGGUGGACGCGUGCGCGUCGGUUGCAAUGAAGGGGUUAACCCCCCGGCGCUCCGCGCGGGCUUCAUGGUCGCUUCGGGGGUUUCACAGACAUGUUAUUUUGCAUGCGUUCGUUAGAGGGAGCGUGCUUGGACUUGGCGGCCGGGCCGUUUCGGGAAAUUCAUCGCUUUAGGCAGUGAGCCAGUUAUGCGUCUAACAAUGUGUGGCGUGCGUACUUCCAGAGGCAAGAGUGUGAAGUGUGUGGCUUGUUUUGGGCGAGGCCCCGGGCGCGAAGCGCCUUUUGGGACCCGGGGGCCCAGCCCCCCGGGGUUCACUGCUGUCAGUCAGUCAGUCAGUCAGUCAGUCAGCGUCGUAUCGCAUGAUGUACUUGCAUGCCAUGCUUAAGUAAGAAUUGUAUUUGAUAGCUACUACAAUUCUGUAUCGAUUCACCGAAAG